AUGUUAUUGCGUGCAGUUUCUAGCCAUUUUAACAUUGUGAUUCUUCUGAGGCAAGGUAAAAGCGUCGCCGAGCUUCGCAGCGAACUUCGUGAGCAGGAGAAAGAGAAACGAAAACAGAGAUUACUCCUCGAGUCGCAAAAAGCCUCUACCAUUGAUGAUUCUACUGCAAGUACCACUCAAUCGCAGCCUUCAUUGAAAGGAAAGUUUCCCGUAGAUAAUAUUUCUACUCGAAGAGACAGUUCACCGGUAAAGCCUCUGAACAGUAUUCUCAACCUAGAGAAGUUGUUGAGAACGCCUCACACUUCGGAACAAUUGUCUGUCUUGUGGAGAGCCUAUCACUCUUCACGAUCUGGAGGUACAGGUCGUGGCUUCCUCUCGGCUUGUGUACCGGUAGACAAAUAUGAGAAGAUGCUGGGCGUUGCCACUCGGUAUCCCAGCUUCGUCGUCCCUAUUCCUCGACUAAACGCUCAGGCAAAUGAAACGGAGCAAGGCGAGGACCAACCAGCAUACGAAUUCUACUUCAUGGAAUGGGGUUUUCACGGUGCACCACCGUCAAUCAGCACGGACAUUUUUUCCAAGGACUCGCAGAUAUCCUCGAAUCCCCAGACAUCGACGAUCCUGUUCACUCCUCUCCAAGAGUAUAAACUCCGAGGGUCGUUCGCUACGCCGUACCUCGCCCUUACCCACUACACGGACCUCGCCAAGUCGCACGGAGUCGUCAUGCUACGUGGUGAGAUUACACCAUCCACAGCAAACGUGUCCACCGGGGCAACUGUUACGGACGACGGAAGAUAUCUCCUGUGCCAACAAGAUGCUCAGUUGCUGGCAAUCGCUAUUCAGAAGUUCUAUCUUUGGAACGAAGGGGAGAACGAGCGAACAGCCUUACUGCAAGCUUUCCACGACAAUCCUGAAGGGUUUAAAUGGGAGGACUUGUUGAAAAACGUAGAGUAUUCAUUGUAG